AUGCAUAGCGGUAACGAAGUUAACCCUACGUCGACCUCUGACGACGGCUGCGCCAAGCGAAGCACUCCACCUUCGAUAAGAAAAAUCAGCGAGAAAUAUGAUAAGGUCUUUGCUACCGGCUGCCUUCCCGUAGAAGAGCAGGACUCCCCUCGCGCAAACGCUGCUUUCGUCGUCCUGGCCAGAAAUAAAGAACUGGAAGGUGUCGUCCAAUCGCUCAAGUCGAUCGAGAGACACUUCAACCGCUGGUUCCAUUAUCCUUACGUGUUUCUGAACGAUGGCGACUUUGACGAUGAUUUCAAGGCCACCGUUAAGAACUACACCAGUGCCCCCGUGGAAUUCGGAAAGAUCGAUGAUUCCAUGUGGGGUUAUCCUGACUGGGUCGAUCAUGAGGUUGCCAAAGAAGGUGUCAGGAAGCAGGGCGACGCUGCCAUCAUGUAUGGUGGAAUGGAGAGCUAUCACCACAUGUGCCGAUUCUACUCUGGACACUUCUACAAGCACCCUCUCCUCAUGAAGUACGAAUGGUACUGGCGUCUUGAGCCCGAGAUCAAGUACUUCUGUGACAUUACCUACGACCCCUUCGUCAAAAUGGCUGAAAACAACAAAACUUACGGUUUCACGAUUGCCGUCAAAGAGCUCCGCGAGACUGUCCCGAACAUCUUCCGCUAUGCCUCGGCCUACAAACGCAAGAACAACAUGGACUCGAAAGGUCUCUGGGAAAUGUUUCUCGAGAAACCCGAGGAAGAAGAACAGAAGCCCGAGGAAGUCAAGCAAGAAAAGCUCCCCGAAGAGAUUCUGCUGAAUGAGCCUGGCGAGAACACCGUUCCUGACAUUGAUCCCGAAGCUAUGGAAGGCGAAAAGUACAACAUGUGCCAUUUCUGGAGUAACUUCGAGAUCGCACGGCUGGACUUCUUCCGCAGCAAGGAAUAUGAGGAAUUUUUUGAUAUGAUGGACAAGAGUGGUGGCUUCUGGAUGGAGAGAUGGGGUGAUGCGCCGAUUCAUUCGCUGGCUGCGGGUAUUCUUUUGGGUCCGGGCGACAUCCAUUAUUUCCGUGAUUUUGGUUACCGUCACACCACCAUCCAGCACUGCCCUGCGAAUGCACCUGCCCGGCAACUGCCGCGAAUCCCUUACUUGGAGAUGACGACCGAUGACGAAAAGGCGCGCUUUGAAGAGGAUGACUAUUGGGCCAACCCGGAUCCCGUCAAGGAGAACGGUGUUGGCUGCCGCUGCAGGUGCGACACCGAUAUUGUGGAUGUCGAGGGCAAGCAGGGCAGUUGCCUCGCUGAGUGGGUAGAAGUUGCUGGAGGGUGGGCAUCUCCAUAG